AAUCCGCAUAAUGAGGCCGAGCUGGGCGCCAACAGACCAGGAAGUCCAAGUUGUAGGUUCAUUUUAACAUUGUGCCGUUCGCUUCCACGGCUUCCGAUAAUUGUCCGUGUGAGUCUGGUUCCGAAAAUGGAGUCACAGUCGUAUCUUCCCGUACAACCCGGUGUGUGCAUGGAAGAAAAUUUCUUUUCCUUGGACGAUAUUUUGCUUUCCCAUCAGCGACUUCCUAUCCGCACAGAAGUUUCUUUUCCUCGGCUUGGAUUCCUCGAGAAAUCGAGCGACUCGCCCGAUAUUCCCAUGGGUACAAAAAUGGAGUUGCCUUUGUGGCUGUCCAAGGGUUUGUAUGAGCAGAACAAAAGGAUGCUGUCAGUCGAGCUCCCAAAGGUUUAUCGAGAAGGCUGGAGGACGGUUUUCAAUGCAGACCCCAAUGUGGUGGAUCUUCACAAGUUGGGGCCUUACUAUUAUGGCCUGGGAUCCCAGAUGCUGCGCUUUGACAGUCCAGAGAACCCAGAAAUUGCACAGACGUUGCUACAGACAUUCAUUGGGCGAUUCAGACGGACGAUGGACUCUUCUCAGAAUGCUUACAAUGAGGACACCUCGGCGCUAGUGGAACGUCUAGACUGUCUUGAGAAGACGCUGUUCGUGUCGGGGCAAUGCGGCCUCAACAGCUUCCAGGGCUGGGAGAAAGGACAAGCCUGCCAGCUCUCUGCCUCAAGCCUGGUGCUCAAUUACCGCAAGCGGAAGAUAACAGAUGUGCAGUCGUGACCUUGCCUGCUCUCUAGUGUACACGUCAGCAACAGACUCUUCACGCUUACUUCUUGUCCUGCAGAGACUCUUCUACCUGAUUCGUAUAAUACACAUACAUUCCUUCGAUGGUCGCUCUUUUCCCAAUGUGCUGUGGCUUCUUCCAACUUUCUAGAAACAGGUAUUAGGUUCAUUGAAGACUCACUGAAGGGGGGGGGGGCGUAUCUGCAUAUGCAUGUGAGAGAGAGCGAGAUACACACACACACACACACACACACGGAUCAAUUGUUACCAUAACCAACCAAAUCAUCACAUUUCUCACACUUGUAAUGAUAAAGUCAUCCUUUUUUAAUACUCAAAUUAUUAGUAUUUCCAUCCAACGAGGCUGCUCCCGUCGGCUGAAUUUUGUGAUGGAUCGGGAAACUGCCAACUCCAAUCAGCAGGAUACCUGUUAUCAGAAGGCCUAUCAUGAUUAUUUCUUCCACAUCCUCUCCGGACAGAAUUGACUGGCACACCAUUCUCCACUUCUGUCAAGGAUCUAAGAUGUACACAGCAGUAAAUGCCCCUGAGGGGAAAGAGGGCUCCCUGCUGCCUGCUCUUUUCAUCAAAAACAUUUUAUCCAUAGUGCUGAGAGUCCAGCUGUCUGAUUCCAUGAUAUUGAAUAUAUUUGCAUAGCACUCCUAAUCAACAGUCUUGAAUGGAGCCCAUAGACAAAAUUUAUAAUACAUAUACAUACAUGCCUUAUUGAGUACAUCAAUGCGUUAGUCAUUUUGGAUGAGGAAAAGUGAUGCUGUUUGUGAAAAUGCCUCAUCAUUUACUUGAUCACUGGAGAUGCAUCAUCAAGCAAGAACUCGAUACCAAACCAUUGCUUACAAUGGGUACAUCCUAUAUGGAUGUGCUGACAUGUCGUGGGUGUCUGCAGCAGAAAUGAAAAGAAAAACGUCAAAUAAUAGGUUCAUUUGAGAUGUCCAAAUGGUUUGUGGCUCCCAUGGUUUCUUUUAUGAAAUGGGAUUAAAUGGCUUUUUUUGCAGUGCACCAUGUCCCUCCUCACUUGCCGUACACAUGACAUGACAGUCUAAACGUGUAAUGUUGGAAACUAAAGGUCGCCUAAUGUCCAUAAACUGUGAUCUAUAGUCACCAAAAUUUGUUAACAUCUCAAUUUAUUCUCACAUCAACCUCUGAAAUAUCAGAAUGAAGCUGAAAGCUUUUUUUUACGCUCAUGUUUACCUGGCUCUUGUUAUUGACAAAUCCAUACAAAUUUGACAGACAUUUCUUAAUACGUUACAUAAUGCAAGACAAUAAAACCAGCAGGUUCACACUGAAAAAUGUGCAGGACUCACACACACACGUAUUCGUCAACCCUGCAUACCUAAAAUUUUCGAUAAGGCCCCGAUUGGCUGUUGCAGAUAAGACUGGCCAUCA